CAAGUGUGCUGCUCGAGACUUGAGGACAGGGCCCGCACAAAGCCGCUUUCAAGGCGAAUUUGAGGCGGCCGUUCUGCCCUUCUUCAAACAACUGUGGAUUAAAACCUAGCAGGUCUUAUAUCCUAUCAGGUCUCAUCAGUUUUUGUCGAUCUCUAGGGAGGUAGAUUCAAGGGGAAAGGAUGGCACCUUCCAGGCGGGGAAGCACCAGCCGGCCCACCGGAACAGAUGGGACUGACCAUCAGUUCAGGAUGGUAACUGAAGAAAGGUACAAGUUGAUUGCCAGUGCGAAGGCCAUCCUCAAAAAGCUCUUCCUGUUCCAAGGCCUCUUUCUCCUCAUGAGGGGGAUCUUGACCAUGAUGAACCAAGACGAGGACGGACCCCCGCUGCCACGGGUGACAUCGAACCUGACCCUUGUAGGCGGGGUUGCGCUUCUUGCCGGCACAGUAGGCCUCCAAUACAGCUCCGCGCCGAUCCUGCGUAUAUACCUGGUCCUCAGCCUCGCGUCUCUUUGGGCCACCAUCGCCAACUCGCUCGAAUCGCCGUACGCACUGAAGAUCAAAGACGCUCUUGGGGGGAGCAAGUUCGACUUGGAUCCGGCCGUCAAUGCGUUGGCGGACCCAGCGGCUGUGCUGGACAUUUGCGGGAUAUUUGUGCUGUCGUUAGCUGUCUACACAACGGUAAAUCUUGUCUACGCACUGAGGGCCGGAAGGAAAAAGACCGCCCAAACUGCUGUAAAGAGCAAGAAGGGGGAAUAAUUAAAGGCACCGAUUCGAGGUGAAUAUAUUGGAGGACCUGGUAUCCAAUUCUAGGGCUGGGUGCGAGGACGAGGGCCUGGUAACAGACGAUCAGACGGCCGACAAAUGGUUGCAAAAGCAAGAUAAUAGUUCGACAUAGAAGUGACGAGCUAAGCAGUCACUGCAUAUGCACUUUAGUUUUUACGCAUCAAGCAGGUAUUGUUGCUCUGUUUCGCUAUUCCCAAAUCUCAUCCGUACACUUCAUCAGCAAAAAACUAGAUUUUGUCGAGUGCAAGCGGAUCCAGU